AUGGCUGUUCGGUCAAAAAAUCUCGCUGUCAUCGCGUCGCCAUUUGAAGCCAUAGAGCGCUCGGAAUUGCGUUUUCUGGGGGUCUCAAAAGAAUUCUAUGCACGUCCUAUAACAUUGCCGACCAAUGCGUCGACGACACCCGGUCCCCCUCCGUCACGAGCGAUGUUUGUGGGGUACCUGGAGAGGCAUGGUGCGCCUCCGACCAUGGAGGUGUUCCCCAUCCCCCAAGUACCGCGCACUCGGAAAUUUAACCUCCAAGAUAUCGUAACGGCGUCGGACAGAGCAAUACCGCUCUCGCCAUGGCCGUUUCUGGUGGUGAGUGACCCCCAGACCCAGAAUUUACCGAAACUCGAUCAAUUUUCGUUCAAUCCUGUUCGCUAUAGGCUCGAAAGUUUCGCUUAA